AUGGGCAAGAAGACGGACAAGCUGUACAUCACCCAUGGCGAGCACUCGGGUUUCUUUGGGCAGCAUUCCGCAGGGAGCGUAGGCAACAAGGCUGCUCUCUCAUCCGCCCAUGAUGGCAUGCAAGCGUUACCCUUCGAUUGCUGCGCUCUCACGCUGGCUCCAUGGACGAACCCUGUGUGCACAAGGGAAGAGGUUAGUGGGUGCACGUGGCUAGGAUUUCCCAGCGCCGAGUGCUGGCUGACUUAGAAGCUGCGUCUACAUUCCAGGGAACCAUCUUCGAGUUGACUCACGUCAUCCCGUACCUCAACAAGUACGGCACAAAUCCUGCUACUGGCCAAGCAAUGCAGAUCAAGGAUCUAGUCAAGCUAAAUUUUCACAAGAACGAGAACGGCAAAUACCAUGAUCCUGUGUCUUUCAAGGUGAGGCUGGGUGGAAUGCAUGGCGCAUUCUUAAGAGGGGCGCAGCGGCAGCAGCGGGUGGCAUCAUCAUGAAGAGCGGCUGCGAGGCUAGGAAGCGGAGCAGAGCUUAUGGAUGGCAGCAUGGAGCGCAUACAUUCAGUUUGCGCAAAGGCUGGAAGGUAAUCGCAGCCAGGCACAAUUACGAUCACACCCACUUCACGAUGCGAGAGAGCAUACUGCGCUCCGCUUCCAAGCAAUGCUGACCAUUUGCCCUUCCUUCCUCGGGUUGCCGGCUCUCGUGACAGGAAUUCAACGAGCACACACACCUCGUGGCUGUUAGCACGACAGGCAACGUCUUCUCCUGGGACACUGUCCACUCGCUCAACAUCAAAGCCAAACAUAUGGUCGACCUGAUUUCAGAUGAACCAUUCAGGAAGUCAGAUCUAAUAACGCUGCAGGACCCACAUGGUAUGGGUGAGGCGUCAGUUUCUGGGGCUUCAAAGCCUCAUAAGAGAAAUUUAGCGGAGAUGCAUCAUGUGAAGCACGGGCACGUGGUACCUCAGGCCAGCGAUACCUUGCAAGAGAUCAACACCAGUGCAGCAGGUGGAGCGUCGAAGCUGCUGGAUCGUGUUCGAGCAUCACAGCCUAGUACCUCCGCCUCCAGCAUUGCGGCAGGCGCACCGCCGGCAGAUGCGAACACAGGAACAGCAAAAAAAGUGGUGCCCUACAACGCUACUUCGGCAUCCACGGGCAUGACUGCAGCCAGCUUCACGUCAAGCGGCCUGACGCCAGUGACCAAAAGCGAGAGGCAAACUAUCAAUGAGGAAGAGUUUAUGCUGGAAAAAGUGGCUGCUGGAGAAGGGCUUGGAGCGGCUUGGAACAAGGGGAAGAAGAAGGCCAGUCCGAGGGCUUUUGUUCGGGUAAGUAGAGAGAGCGCAAACGGCGUCAGCAUGGACCGGAACAGUAGAGCGGGACUCGAAGGCAGUGGCAUGAUGUAAGAUAGGAGGAGUAAUCGUUCCUUGAUGUGCUCAUCCCAGAUGCCCGGAGCUUUCGCUCUGCGUGAAGGGAAGCGAGCUGACACUCUCCGCCCCGUCGGCAACCCGCUGUCCUUGCCAGGUCACUACGAACUUUGGCCCCAUCAAUGUGGAGCUCUACUGCGAUAAGGCACCAAAAACGGUGGGUUCCCGGUUGUCCGCGAGCAAAUAUUGGACAGUUGUCUCAUGCUUUGUUGCUUGGACUCCCCUGGCCGCACAGUGUUACAACUUCCUGACGCUGGUGAAAAGGGGAUACUAUGACGAUACAGUCUUCCAUCGCCUAAUACCAGGUCAGUAAAGGGACGGGAACCCCCUUUGUACGGUGAGCUGAACCGAUAAAAUGCUACAGGAUUCAUGGUACAAGGCGGCGAUCCGACUGGAACUGGUAGAGGCGGUGCUAGCAUGUGGGACCGACCUUUCAGAGACGAACUAGAUUUGCCCGGCGCGCUCAGGCACGACUCCCGAGGCUCGCUGAGCAUGGCAAAUAAGGGCCCCGCGACGAAUGGUAGUCGUGAGUAGAGAGGUGUGGAGCCCUCUCGAUACAAACAGAUCUGACACAACCCCUUUUGCAGAGUUCUUCUUCACCUUCCGGGACCAGAUGUGAGUUCUCGAUCCGUUUGUCGGUGGCAGCGCGUGUGCACUAGGCGACUGACCAUCGUGCUCAUUAGCCCAAGCCUCGACCACAAACAUACUGUUUUUGGAAAGAUGCUUCCAGGUGAACCUACCUUGGACAACAUCGAGCGCGUGCCUACCGAGAAGGGCACAGAUCGGCCGCUCAGGAGUGGUGCGCAUCCUCACAAUAGUAGUCGCUGGAGCUAGCGUGCUCUUACAAAGCUGACGCGAUACCAGUCUCUGGCAUUGACAGUGCGAAUCUUCGAGAUCAGAUGUCUCGACGAUCCUUUCGAAGCUUACAAAGCAGAGCUCGCUAGGCAACAGAGUAGAGAUAGUGUGGAAGAAGUUGCAAAGCGAGAAGAGAAGAGGAAGCGGAGAGAGGAAGAUCGGACCACCUGGUCAGUGGCUGUUCUUGCGAUGAUGUGUCUGCGAAGUUCUGACGAGUCUUCACCUCCAUGUGGUGUCGUGUAGGCUGGGCACGAAUCUUGGGGAGAAGAGGCAGCGUAGAGCUCCCGGGGAGGCAUCGGAGCUGAAAGUGAUGGGUACGGCAUCUGGCGUUGGCAAAUACAUGAAGGCCACGACGAGCGUACAGAAGGAUGGAGUAGACCAGCAGGGCGAACCGAUCGGGGAAUCUUUUGCGAAGCGAAAGACGAAAACGACGGCUUCUGACGGUGGCUUUGGAGACUUUUCGGGCUGGUAG